AUGUCAGGCCAAGCUACCGGUCAUUCCGGCAAUAACAAUUCCCACCACAACCACCACCACCAUCAUCACCAUGGCUCUCAUGCGCGGGACCAGAGAAUCGGGAAGUAUCAGAUCAUAAAGACACUAGGUGAAGGGUCUUUUGGUAAAGUGAAAUUGGCAUACCAUGUUACUACGGGUCAAAAGGUAGCGCUCAAAAUCAUCAACAAGAAGGUCUUAGCGAAAAGCGACAUGCAGGGUCGCAUUGAGCGGGAAAUUUCGUACUUGCGGCUUCUGAGACAUCCCCACAUCAUUAAGCUGUACGACGUGAUCAAAUCCAAGGACGAGAUCGUGAUGGUUAUCGAGUACGCCGGCAAUGAAUUGUUUGACUACAUUGUCCAGCGCGACAAGAUGAGCGAGAAUGAGGCUCGUCGUUUCUUCCAGCAGAUCAUCAGCGCUGUGGAGUACUGCCACCGUCACAAAAUUGUGCACAGAGACCUCAAACCAGAAAACCUGCUUCUCGAUGAGCAUUUGAAUGUGAAAAUUGCGGAUUUUGGCCUUUCUAAUAUCAUGACAGAUGGUAAUUUUUUGAGAACUUCGUGCGGAUCUCCAAACUAUGCUGCCCCUGAGGUCAUCAGUGGUAAACUGUACGCGGGCCCCGAGGUUGAUGUGUGGUCUUCGGGAGUUAUUCUCUAUGUCAUGCUAUGCCGCCGUCUGCCGUUUGACGACGAGAGUAUUCCCGUGCUGUUUAAAAAUAUAAGCAACGGGAUCUAUACUCUCCCAAAGUUUCUGUCGCCCGGGGCGUCCAACUUGAUCAAGCGGAUGUUAAUCGUUAAUCCUUUGAACAGAAUUACCAUCCAUGAAAUUAUGCAAGAUGAAUGGUUCAGAGUGGAUAUGCAAGAGUAUUUGCUCCCUGCGGAUUUAAAGCACGACGGAGACGUGCGUCAUGAAGGCGAUCAUCAUACGCAGGGCGAAGACGAAAGAGAGGAAGAAGUUGAUGAUUCGCUCGUGACGACGCUUUCUAAGACCAUGGGAUAUGACCGAGACGAAAUUUACGAAGCACUAGAGUCAGAGGAGGACAACCCGGCUUUGAAGCAAAUCAGAGACGCGUAUUCUUUGAUCAAGGAAAACAAGUCACUUAUUGAUGGACUCAAGAGCAAUAAGGAUCAAAGUAAUGAACUGGACACUUUCUUGUCGCAGUCACCACCUACUUUCGAUCAAAAGCCUCUAUUGUCACUUCAAGCCUCCACCUCUCACGGCUCGCGGCACCACCGUCAUAUCAAGAAAACUCAGCAGCGUACCUACGAGUCACCGUUUGUCGAUCAACAGAAAGAUGAAGAUAGUACAAUUGCCAUUCUGCCUAGCUCUUUGCCACAAAUGCAUCGGGCCAACAUGCUAGCAGAAGGGUCUCCGGCCGCAACAAAGAUUUCUCCGCUCAGCACUAAGAAGUACAAGACCAGGUGGCAUUUUGGCAUCAGAUCUCGUUCGUAUCCGCUGGACGUGAUGGGCGAAAUCUAUAUAGCGUUGAAGAACUUGGGGGCGCAGUGGGCCAAGCCAUCCGAGGAUGACCUGUGGACUAUUCGCGUUAGAUGGAAAUACGAUGCGAAGCAGCCCGCGAAUGAAAAUAUCCCAGACCUCAUGAAAAUGGUAAUUCAACUGUUUCAGAUUGAAGCGAACAACUACCUUGUAGAUUUCAAGUUUGAUGGUUGGGAAAAUAGUCAGGGUGAAUCUACUCCCGCUUCCAACGAAGACGAAAUGAGUACAUUUUCUGCCUAUCCUUUCCUGCAUCUAACUACCAAACUCAUUAUGGAGUUAGCAGUCAAUAGCCAAGGUGGUUAA